ACUUGAGAAGUACUUACAUUAACGCCUUGAGACACUGUGUUAGGUCGGAAGCAAGCCGCAAAGCCCGUUGUUUCAAGCCAAAGAAACAAGCAAUAGCGAGGAUGCGCCUUUUCCUCAAACACUUUAACCUCUCCCACCGAGACAUUUGGCUGCAUUCUCGCUAUGUUUCUUCCCUUGCUCUCGCACUUCGCCCUCCAUUUUCUGGCAAUCCAAAGGCGGCCCUAUUCUCAAGCAACCUCGACUCACCUCUCAGUUGUUCCACUCCAGGAACUGCCACUGAAUUUAUCCAGCGGGCAAAACGAGAACAGCUAGCUCCAAUUGUCUAUUCUGUUCAUAAUAUGAUUGAAGUUAACGCUGAAAUGAAGCAAUUAGUGAAACAGGGACAACUUUGUAAAGCUAGGAAUAUGUUUGAGAAAAUGGAUCACAGAGAUGAGGUUUCGUGGACUACAUUAAUAGGUGGUUAUGUCAAUGCCUCAGAUUCAUACGAAGCUUUGUUCCUGUUCUCAAAUAUGUGGGUCCAGCCUGAACUUCAAAUAGAUCAAUUCAUGAUUAGUAUUACACUCAAGGCAUGUGCACUUGGUGUCAAUAUUUGCCUUGGAGAAUUACUACAUGGAUUUUCAGUUAAAUCUGGUUUGAUAACCUCAGUGUUUGUCAGCAGUGCCCUGAUAGAUAUGUACAUGAAAGUAGGAAAAAUAGAAGAAGGUUGCAGAGUCUUUGAAAAAAUGAUGGCUAAAAAUGUAGUAUCAUGGACAGCCAUUAUUGCAGGGCUUGUACAUGCGGGUUACAGUGCGGAGGGACUGUGGUACUUUUCUGAAAUGUGGAGAUCAAAAGUGGGCUAUGAUUCACAUACAUUUUCCAUUGCUCUAAAAGCUUCUGCUGAUUUGAGUUUUUUACAUCAUGGGAAAGCCAUACACACACAAACAAUAAAACAAGGAUUUGAUGAGAGCUCAUUUGUGAUUAAUACUCUAGCAACCAUGUAUAAUAAAUGUGGAAAACCAGAUUAUGUCGUGCGAUUGUUUGAAAAAAUGAGGAUGCCAGAUGUAGUUUCAUGGACAAAUCUUAUUACGACAUAUGUGCAGGUGGGUGAAGAGGAACAUGCAGUGGAAGUAUUUAAAAGAAUGAGAAAAUCAGAUGUCCCUCCUAAUAAAUUCACUUUUGCAGCCAUAAUUUCUGCCUGUGCAAAUCUUGCUAUUGCUAAAUGGGGGGAACAAAUACAUGGUCAUGUAUUCCGUCUUGGUUUUGUUGAUGCUUUGUCAGUGGCAAAUUCCAUCAUCACCCUUUAUUCAAAAUGUGGGCUGCUGACUUCAGCUUCAUUAGUGUUUCGUGGUAUAACUAGAAAGGAUAUUAUAUCUUGGAGCACUAUAAUUGCUGUUUAUUCUCAAGGAGGUUAUGCAAAAGAAGCUUUUGACUAUCUAUCAUGGAUGAGAAGGGAAGGGCCAAAACCAAAUGAAUUUGCUAUUUCUAGCAUACUGAGUGUUUGUGGAAGCAUGGCACUUCUUGAGCAAGGGAAACAGUUGCAUGCACAUGUACUUUGCAUUGGCAUAGAUCAUGAAGCAAUGGUUCAUAGUGCUCUUAUUAAUAUGUAUUCAAAAUGUGGAAGUGUACAAGAUGCGUCAAAAAUCUUUGACAGUUUGAAAAUGAAUGACAUUAUAUCAUGGACAGCCAUGAUUAAUGGAUAUGCUGAACAUGGUUAUAGCCUAGAGGCCAUUGACUUGUUUGAGAAGAUUUCUAGAGUUGGUUUAAAGCCAGACUAUGUGACAUUCAUCGGGGUUCUGACAGCAUGUAGCCAUGCUGGAAUGGUUGAUCUUGGUCUCUUCUAUUUUUUGAAAAUGACUAAUGAGUACAAGAUCAGUCCUUCAAAAGAACACUAUGGUUGCAUCAUUGACCUUCUCUGCAGAGCAGGGCAAUUGAGUGAAGCUGAGCACAUAAUACGAACUAUGCCAUUCCAUAUUGAUGAUGUUGUGUGGUCUACCUUACUCAGGGCAUGUAGAGAGCAUGGAGAUGUUGACCGUGGAAGAUGGACAGCUGAACAGUUGCUUCGGUUAGAUCCAAAUUCAGCUGGAACUCAUAUUACUCUGGCUAACAUAUAUGCUGCCAAGGGGAGAUGGAAGGAAGUUGCAGAUAUAAGAAAGUUAAUGAAGUCAAAGGGAGUAAUAAAGGAAAGAGGAUGGUCUUGGAUUAAUGUCAAUGAUCAUUUAAAUGCAUUUGUUGCUGGGGAUCAGGCUCAUCCACAAAGUGAACAUAUCACAACCAUUCUAGAAUUAUUGAGAGCAAAUAUAGGAGAUGCUCUGCUGGAAAUAAGAUCUCUUCAUGAAGAUGUUGAGGUUUAGCAGACGGCUACAUUCUGUGUCAUUAUGGGAAUGCUCAAAAGUAGUUUUUUUUUUCUAAUUUCCAAAUUUCAUAGAUUAUUGGGAAUUGGGUUCCCUGUUCUCAUCAUUUGAAAACAUUAGCUUGAUAUGGGUUCUCCAAAAACUGAGUUAGACAUUUUCAGAAGAUCAAAAGUUCUUUCUGAAAAAGCAAAUUAAUGAAAAAGUUUGCUUUACAGAAAAACAGUAUCUGAUGCCAGAUGAGUCCAGCCGGAGAGAACUUAUUGGAUCUGAAAUUGAGGCCAGGGUUACCAUUCUCAAUGAUCAGUUUGCUGAAAUUAAUGAUUGUGUAAGAUGCCAUGAUUAUAUUCCCAAGGAACUGCUGUGGUGCUAAUCCAAUGGACUGACCUACCAGCAUUUCAAGCCCCAUGGGAACCCAUGAAAGCCAUCAUGAAGCAGUUUCCUUCUUUUCACCUUGAGGGCAAGGUGACUAUUUUGUGGGAGACUAUUUUUAGGCUUUUUACAAGUAAAUAUUAUAAACCAUAAAUUGGGUUUUGAAUUGGGACCGAAUUGUUAUGUGAUAGGUUUCUGGAUUAGGAAACCUAUCGAA